AUGGCAACCCCAUGGCCCCAGGAGCAAACAUGGCCAACGCACCAUCGAGAGCACGCCACUCAACUUAGCAGACACCUUCAGACAGCACUCAAAUCAAUCGACACCGCAAACGAACACCCCCUUGACCCGAAAGCCGUGAGACUCACUCUCAUUGCCACCAUCUCCCUGCUAGCCAAAUUGCAGAAAUUGCCCGAGCUCGGACACCUCCACCAAGCUAUUGAGAGUCUACGUGCGGAAAACAAGACAGCCCACGAGAACACCACCCGCGAAACGAAAAUCAUCAGGAUUGCGGUGCAGCAGAGCACAGUCGAACUUACAAGCCCAAUGCCAUGCGCGCGGUCAUCACAGCCGCUAGGGAGGCUUGACAAACUAGCGAGCUGGUGGUAA